AUGGCGUCCUCCAAGCAAGUGCUGCUCCUGGCCGUGGUCGCCGCCGUCGCGUGCCUCGCGUCGCUGGCCUCCGCGCACGCAGUGGGUGGUCGGGGACGAAUGCGGCUGGAGGGCCAAGUUCAACCAGACCGGCUGGGCCGACGGCAAGACGUUCGUGUGUUCAAGUACCCCAAGGGGAAACACACAGUGGUCCAGGUCGGCGAGGAAGACUUCGCUACUUGCAACCAUGACGACGAUGACGAUAACCAGCUUGGGGCCUGGUGCUCCGGCAACGACGUCGUGCGGCUCGACAAGCCCGGCAAGAUGUGGUUCAUCUGCACCAAGUGCAACCACUGCCCCAAGGGCAUGAAGCUCGCCAUCGACGUGGUCGACGACGACGACGUCGUCGCCCCACCCCCGCCGCCGGUGAUCACGUUCCCGUUCCCAGGAACCGCCACACCCCCACCGCCACCGCCGCCGCCGAGGUCUGCUGCGGCCGUGAGGAACCUGGUCGGCGGCGCGGUGGCCACAGCGGCAGCCACCGUGCUCGCGGCCGCGCUCGUGUUCUAG